UGGGUCACAGUUCGAAGCAGGCUCUGACGAUAUUCAGUUUCCAUUUGCUUCCUAUGUACUGUGGAUCCUGUUCCUAAUCCUUAUGCCCAUUCUAUUCAUCAAUUUACUGGUCGGUCUUGCUGUUGACGAUAUCAAGGGGAUGCAGGAAUCAGCUGGAAUCAACCGUCUUGCCCUGAGAGUUGAGCUCACCCUUACAGUAGAGGAGUACCUCCCAUUGUGGCUGAGGAAAAGUCUUAUUGUUGGUAGACACACAAUAUACCCCAACAAGAAGCUCGGAAUCAUCAAGCAUCUCCUUUACAAUGUACUUGGAAUCUUGAGAUCUGAUUCUGCUGAGAAUAUCAAAAAUGCACUAAAUGCACCUCCAGCGCCAAUUGAGGAGGUUCAGCAGCAGAAUCAAGCUCUAGCUAGGCGUGUUGAUGAUCUAUGCUCAAGUGUUGAGACACUUUCUGAACAGAAUGAGAGGCUACUAGCAGUGGUCUCAGCUCUUGCCGAGAGCCAGGGUGUGGCUAGUCAUGUUUCUGGGAUUCCCCCAUCUUCCCCUGCUCACAGUUUGAAACCUGCUCCUGGUAGUACCUCUCGGGGUCGUAGCCCCUCGGCUCUCUCUGAGAAGACAACCUCAUUUAUCUGACCAGUUUAAAACAAAGAAAACUCUAAAACUGCUAUAGUUUUUUAUUAGUUUAUUUUGCUGCUUUAUUUUUAACAUUAAUACCGAAAGUAGUUUUCUAUGUCCUCCCCUUAUUUACC